AUGGAAAAGCUUCAAGCUCUUGGCCGGGAAAUCCGCUAUGUCGAGUACAAAUUACGACGACAGAAGCAAGAGAAAAAGAAGAUGAAACAAGCGCAAAAAGAUUUCACAUAUGGAACCAACUCGAUGUAUGAGCCUAAUAAUGGUGGCGGAAGAACAACUACGGAGACAUUUUGGGGACGGCAUGGAAAGAAGAUCGCCAAUAUUCUUGGCAUGCUAGCUUUUAUGUUUGGCUACGCAUCAGGAUUUCUCCAUGCAUUCUUCAUGAAGAAGAAAGAAGAAAUCGAAUUUCAGAAGAUAAUAGAUAAUCUGCUAACCCUCAAAGGGAUCAAGAGAUACCAGAUUUUAUUGAAGCUUGGUCGCCAAAACUCGCUGAAAUUCUUCUUGGUGAUACUGACACAGUUUUUACUGUCAGUACAAUAUUUAUUCGUUUUGAAAAGCAGAAGAAACGUAAGCCUUUUAUAUUUGACUUGCUUUACAAAAUGUCGGAGGCUUCUCAUGAUGAGAGUAAAACAGUGCUCCAGGGAAUUAUGA